GUCAAGAAUUCUUCAGAUGUCUUUACAGAUGCAAGUACGAUUUGCCUCGCUAUUGUUGGCUGCACAGAUAUUCGAAACAGAAGCUUGGAAAUGUGGUAUUGGUCCUGUUAGCAGCGCAAUAUCCUACAUGAUUGCGUUUCCAUCUGAUGUUGUGGGAGUUGACAGAUGCUGCAUAGAACACGAUGCAUUGGUUGAUGGCCUUCACCUAGACCGGGAGGAAGCAGAUAGAAUUUUUUGCCAAUGUUUGGAAAGCAGUGAUAGCUGGUACGUUCGGAACAUCGUGAAGCCACUGUUCUGUACGUCAGUACGGUUGUACACGAAAUGGAUUGAUAGGACGACUCGAGAGGAAUCCACAGUUACAAUUCCACCAGCUGAUCAGCCGCAGCAACAAGUUGAAGCAUCUCAUAUAGAAAAUUUGAGGCGAAUGUGAAAAGAUUUGUCGGGCUUUAUAUAUCGUGCAAGUUAUAGGUGCCAAUUUGUAACUUAUUAUGAAAUGCAGUGUUGAAAAUGGGUAUGUCACAGAUAUAUUGCAACAACG